AUGUCUGCCGAUGAACAGUGGCCCAUCCCUGUUGAGGCAGGAAUUGACGCCGCCUCCGGCGAGUGGGAGGGAAAGCAGUGGCAAGACCAGCGAUUCCCCGACAUGGCGGACGGUGACACCACAAGGCCCGCGACAAGACGACCCAGCACGCCUGUAUGGCCGCACGGCAAGAUCGACGCACCCUCCGGCGACAACACGACCAAACGUCCCUCUUGGGGAGCGUAUGAUGUCAAUCCCCGUAUACGACAACCCGCCGAAGCACCCAUCGCCGUCGACACGGAUGACUGGCCCAAGAGCAGAAGGCCCAAGACCUAUGCCAGGUCCAGCGAUGAUGCCUCCGAACAGGCUACAAGGGGAGUUCAACAUAUCACCGAGUACCACUACCAUAUUCACAAACACAAACACAAACACGUCCAUGAACAGGCCAGGAGUUCCAAGACCACUUCGCCUCGGUCCACGACCUUUAAUACCGGAGGGGCCGAUCAUGGAUCACCACCUCCGCCGCAGUCAUACAGCAUCGGCAUGAACACCGACAUGAACACGAAUGUCGACCCCAUGGUGUCCAUUCCUCUUCCAAGGAUAAGACCCAGGGCAAUGACUCGGCCGCCCAUGCCAAUAAGAGCAGAAGCCAUGUACGGCUUGCCAAAACUCGCCCCACACCACAAUCGAGCAAACACCACCGGGAUAGAGUAUCCACCGACGUGGCCAGACGGAAGACUACAGCCCACGGCAAGACUCGACCCUCGAGGGUCAGAACUGGACCUCGUCCCACCACCGCUGAGACCCCGACAACCGAGUCACGAUUUAGCCCGGCCCAAGGAGGUCCCCACGAAGAGCGAGUUGACAAUGGAGGGCCUCGGUCUGAUGAGGAAAUGCAGCCGUUGUCACCACGGCUUCGUGGACGCCAAACUCCGUGGUACAGAUAGUGUCACCCCUACGUCCGACCCCCAGAGGGAAGGCGUCGAAGCAGCCGAGGGCUCUAAGGUACUACAUCCAGCCGGGAGUCCACUUCCAGGAGUACCAGAAGACAUUGGUGAAAAUGACGUGGUUCAAUCGAAGACAUCCUCCCCCGCACCAAAGGCCGAUGUUGUUGUUGAUGAACGCGACCACAGCAUUUGUUGUCCGGACUGUUGCAAGGAUGAGGACUGUCACGAAGGUUGUCUAGGACAUCCAAGUCCAACCCCGGCAUCGAGUCCAACCAAGAGCAUAUGGUCGGAAGCCCAGACAUCCAGUAGUGCCAGCGACGUUGACGACUGGGACAAUACGGAUGACACAGAGGGCAGUGAGAAGGGGAGAUCCAGCCCGUUUGCCUUCGUCAAGGCCGCCCUGAAACGCUCACGAAAGAAGAAAUCGCAGUCCAGCUUGGGUAUCAAUGCAUCCCCGUUCGAACUCUCAGCCCAUCCCCGGACCCCCGUAACUGGGUCUCGAGAAGACUCGGCUAGGAAUGCGAAUGAUGCUUUAUCCGCCGCUCUCAGCGCCACCGGGUCGCCAAACCCGAUGAUAUCUGGGCGUCGAACCCGCCAAAGACAGCGGAGUUCCAGCGUGCCCUCGAUUGGAGUUGGCGUCCCAGGGUCCAAGUCUGACGGCUCUCGACUGAGAGUUCCUACACCGGCCGGAUUGGCCAUUGCGUGUUCUGGCGCGCCCAAAAGUCAAAGUCGCAGUGUCAGCGGCACCAGUGUCGCUACGUUUGAGCUGCAGGUGCCAGGGUUUGGGUCUCUGGGCGGCAGUGCCAUUGGAGACAUGGUGCUGGUGCCGUUUGAGGCCAGCAAGAUGUGGAUUCGAAAUCACCCUCAAGCCAUGACGCUCGGAUGGGAUGUGUUGGAACGAGGGUGGCAGAUGGGCCGGACCAUGACUGCGACGGGAUGGCGGAUUUGGGCGGUGGUCUUUGUCUACUCCAAGACGGGCAAGUUGAAGUUGAAGCUGGCCAAAGGAGAAACCGCCGGCGGGUUUGUGAUCGACUGCGCGCGAAGUCUGGUGUACUUGAUGAUCUUUGCGGCCGUCGGUGUGUUUGUCAUGCGCGUCAUGAGGGUGGUGUUUGGUAUGGCCAGUCUCGUGGGCUGGCUUUUCCACGCCGUUUUUUGGCUCUUGAAGCAAGUCCUGGGCUUUGGUUUGGCUCGAUGA